AUGACAAAAGACGCGGAAGCGGCUCUGGAAGAGGGCGGAACCGUAAUGCCUUCGAGUUUCGGAAAAAGGGUGUGGAAUCGUACGAAUCAAUGGAUGGACAAAAUACUUACGCGAUGUAAGUCACAUUUUUGUAAUUUUGACGGUCCCAAACGGUUGGGCAACGAAACGAAGCAAGUUUUAGCGUAUGAUGAAGUUUGGUGGAACUUUGAAUGGAUAUUGUAGGAUUCUAAGACGUUCUGUGGCUCUAAAAAUUGUUGUACGUAAUGUUGACAUCUAGUACUACAAUUUAUCAGUUGACACUUUUCCACUACGCUCACGCACUGGACUACUGUAGCUCUUCAAAGUUUAGGGUGCCUCAAAGCCUGUAAAAAACUUUAAAAAGCUACAGUGCUCUUGUACGUGAGCGUAGAAAAAAGUGAUCAACUGUAAAGUUGUAGUACUUUUUAUACACAAUAUUUUUGUAAUUGAUCAUUUUUCUGUACAACAACUCCUCGGGUUACUGUAGCUCUUUAAAGAUUUUGAAGGUGCUCCAACUUUGCCGAGCUACAGUACUCCAGGGAGUGGGCGUAGAGAAAAAGUGUCAAUUGCAAAAAUACUCUACUAGAUGCCAAGAUUUCACACAAAAUUUUUUAGACCCCCAGGACGUCUUAGAACUCGACAAUAUCCAUUCAAAGUUGAUCGUUCCCAAAUUCCAGCUGUUCACAAAGUUUGCAAUGAUUUUCAGCGUCUUUCGACGAGGAAAUGGACGAAGAGAUCUCCUCCGGCUGCAAUAUCAUUUUCACCGUCCUGACAGUGUGUUUGAUCAUUUUCGGAAUCGCGAGAAGGGAAGAAUGCGACGGACAGCCCAUGAUUCCCGUUUUUAUCAUUGUUUUGGGAUGUUUGUGGUUGGCCAAAGACAUGAUCGAGAGGCUGAGACGCAAUUAUGUGAGUUUUUUGGCAAACAAACAUUGUUUUCAUAGCUUUAGAGACUGUUUUCUAUGAAAGGAACUUGUAAACAGGCAAAAAAUGAAAAAAUUCCAGUGAGUUGAAAAAUGCUCAACUUUGAAUGGAUAUUGUAGAAUUCUGAGACAUCUUAUAGCUCUAAAACUUAUUUUGCGAAAACUUUACAUCUAGUAGAGCAUUUUUGCAUCAGACAUUUUUCUUGUACGCCCACUCCCUGGAGUACUGUAGCUCGGCAAAGUGAGGACACCUUGAAUCAUUCUGAAACUUCAAGAAGCUACAGUAGUAUCCUUAGAAAUGGUUGUACGGUAAAAUGAUCAACUACAAACAUGAAGCACAUAAUGAGUACUACAUUUUUGUAGUUGACACUUUUCUUCUACACCCACGCGUUGGACUACUGUGCGCGUUUGAAGUUUUGCAAGGCUUCACGGUGCUCCAACUUUGAGAAGCUACAGUAGUGGGCGUAGAAAAUAAAUGCCAACUGAGAAGUUGUAGCACUGCAAAGUGUCAAGAAGCCAACAAUAUCGGUAUUUCAGCAAAGAAAACGCGAAUCGCCGUUGCCGUCGGAAGACGGCGAAUUGAGAGAUUCUCAAGGAAGAUCCGGAUUUCCCUAUCCGUGCAGCUUUCUUCAUUUCCUCCUCAACAUUGCCGUUUUCGUGUGGUCAGUCGUUUAAGAGGAUUCCAGAAUUUAUCUGAAACUCUUCAGGUUCUUUUUCGGCUGUUACUGGGUGUUCGGCUCUUGGGCGGCCCGUGCCUACUGCGAUUGGUGGACUUUUCACAUUGCCGCCACCUACGUCGUUUUUUCACUUUUCUGCCAAAUUCUCUUCCUGUGCUGCUGCAUGUUCCGAUGA